UGGGAAAGGUGCCCGGGUCCUCCGGGGGCGGAGCAGGAAACCGCGGCGGCGCGGGGCUGGAGGCGGAGCCGCCUGGAGCGCCACAGGUGCGCCCGAGCCCGGCGUCACCUGCCCGGGGACCGCAGCGGACCCUCCCACCGCGCGACGCGCAGCGCGGGGCUUCGCCGGAGCAGCGGCGCGUCCUGGGGCGGCAGCUGAUGAAGAAAGGCACGGUGCCCCGAAGGUCCCUGAACUGAGGGUCAGAGAGGGGCCGCCAUGGGCCCUGAGCUGCCAGUCCCAUGGCUGCUCCUCUUCACCUGCCUCCCAGCAGAAGUGAGUCACCUUCAGCAAUGUCUCCUGCCCUUGCUGCAGGCUGUCUGUCCUUGCUGGUGACGGUGCAGCACACAGAACGCUACGUCACCCUGUUUGCCUCCGUCGUCCUCAAAUGUGACUACACCACCUCCGCCCAGCUCCAGGACGUGGUGGUGACGUGGCGCUUCAAGUCCUUCUGCAAGGAUCCCAUCUUUGACUACUACUCUGCCUCUUACCAGGCAGCCUUGUCCCUGGGCCAGGACCCAUCGAACGACUGCAAUGACAGCCAGCGGGAAGUUCGCAUCGUGGCCCAGAGGCGGGGGCAGAACGAGCCAGUGCUGGGGGUGGAUUACCGGCAGCGCAAGAUCACCAUCCAGAACCGAGCUGACCUUGUGAUUAAUGAAGUGAUGUGGUGGGACCACGGCGUGUAUUACUGCACCAUUGAGGCUCCGGGAGACACAUCUGGAGACCCCGAUAAGGAGGUGAAGCUCAUUGUCCUGCACUGGCUGACGGUGAUCUUCAUCAUCCUGGGAGCCCUCCUCCUUCUGACGCUGAUUGGCGUGUGCUGGUGCCAGUGCUGCCCUCAGUACUGCUGCUGCUAUAUCCGCUGCCCCUGCUGUCCCACCCGCUGCUGCUGCCCCGAGGAAGCCCUGGCCCGUCACCGCUACAUGAAGCAGGCUCAGGCCCUAGGUCCUCAGAUGAUGGAAAAACCCCUGUACUGGGGUACGGACAGGAGCUCCCAGGUUUCAUCCUAUCCAAUGCACCCGCUGCUGCAGCGAGAUUUGUCCUUCCGGUCCAGCCUCCCACAGAUGCCAAUGACCCAGCCCGCGGCCCACCCUUCGGUCACCAACGGCGUCCUGGAGUUCUUGGAGAAGGAGCUGCGGAACUUCCACCCGGCCCAGCCUCUGCCGCCAGACGUCAAAGCCAGACCGGGGCCCCCGCGCAGCCUGCUGUCCUCCCUGGGCUCCGAGGUGGUGGAACGCAGAGUCCUCCAGCUGCCCCCGCUGAUCAGAGACGUGCCUUCCUCACGGGGGACCAGCGACUCCUCACACCUGCGGUGGCUCACCCCUGUUCCCUCCAGACCCUGGGAUCCGAGGGAGGGGAGUCGGCAGCACCGCUACCCCGACUUCCACCACGAGCUCCAGGACUGGGGUCCAAAGCCCUGGGCGCUGGAGAGAAGGGAGCUGGACUACCCAUGCAGCGGAAGGCACCCCGACCCCAGGCUAACCAGAUCCCCGGUGCCCUGGUCGGACAGGGACAGCCUCAGCGACCGCCCGUCGUCCAGGGAGACCCGCCGGCGACGCAGCCGCAGCCGCCGGGACCGGGCGAGGCCCCGCAGGCCCAGCCCGCGGGAGAGCAGGAGACGCAGGCCGCGCAGCUACUCCCCUCCGCCGCCCUCGGGCCUCAGCUCCUGGAGCUCUGAGGAGGAGCAGGAACCCCCGAGCUGGGGCGCCCGCAGCCGCCGCCGCCGCCGCCGCUCGCACUCCCCGCCCUGGCCCGAGGAGAAGCCGCCCAGCUACCGCUCGCUGGAUGUCAUUCCAGGCAAGAAUGGCAGGAAAAAAGGGAGUGUGGAGAGGCGCUCGGAGAGAGAGAGCUCCCAUAGCGGAAGGAGUGUGGUCAUUUAGUCACCGCUGUUUCUGCCGCUCCUUCCCGGCUCGCCUGGACCUCGACUUCCGGCUGGCGCGAGGUUACGCUGCAAGCGCGCACCUAAAGGUGUGGCUCAGAUCCUGCACAUCAAACUGAACAGGUUUUAAAGCGAGAGUUUGCGGAAUUCAUGGCCGUAGUUCUAGCCUUGGUUCACGCUUUCUGCAUAUAGUCUGACUCGUAGUGGACCUUAACUGGGAGAUGAUCCCUCAGGAACUUGUUAGCUUGAGGCUUCAGCUGAGUUCUGUGGCUCUGAACCACGGAACUCAAAGCGAGAACUCAGAAGUCGUGAAGAAGAGACCAGACAUGUUCUCCUGCAACAGGACACCUGUGGGGUGUCCUAGGAAAAUUCCCAUGGGAAUAUGUCCGCCUCUUGGAUAUCUUGAGCAUCCUUCCAUGUUGGGAGUCCACCCUGCUGCCUCUGUGCCAAGUUCUGAUGGCUCCUGAGGCUCCCGUCAGAGAUGGCCCAGGAAUACCCCAGCCGUGUGACCUGGUAGGAGCUAUUUAUUCUAAGUGAGGGGAAUCAAGAAGCAGUGUUACACCAGCCUUAUUCUUGUCCUUCGUCUUCCUCCUGCUCUUUCCCCCUUCAUCUAACAUAUUUUCUUAAGUAUUCAUUUAACAAAAUCACUUUAAAUGCUUCUUGGGAGCCCCACAGUGUAUACUUAAGUAAGAAAUAAAAGGUACUGGGCAUAUUUGCUCCUCUA